AUGUCUCUCCGUGAAAGACUUUCAAAACCUCAGCCUUUGAUUUUAGAUGGUGCACUUGGCACUUUGCUUCCAGAUAUAUCACAGUCACACCCAUUGUGGUCUACACAUACUGUGCUGACCUCUCCAUCCACAAUUAAAUCUAUUCAUGAAUCAUACAUCAAAAAUGGAGCUCAACUGAUCCAGACAUCAACGUACCAAACUAGUGAACGGGGGCUCAAUGAUUCAGAAUUUGAUGUUUCAUUCUCCGAUGCACUCAAAAGAAGUAUUGACCUAGCGUAUGAGGCUAAAGGUGGGAGAGAUGAUGUGUGGUUAGUUGGAAGUGUUGGUCCAUAUGGUGCUUCUUUAGCUAAUGGAGCAGAAUAUACUGGGGACUAUGGGGAUAUUUCCGAUGAAGGUUUGAUCAAUUUUCACACUGAACGGAUAUCUGUACUCUGCAAUGAUAACAGAGUUGAUAUAAUUGGGCUAGAAACUAUGCCUAAUAAACGAGAGCUAAGGAUUUUGUUAGAACUUAUGGAUUCAUAUGAUAAAGACUAUUACCUAAGUUUGAGUGUCAAUGGUGAGAAACUUGCCGAUGGAACAACUAUUGAGGAACUCUUGGGGCUUAUCUCUAAAGGAAAAAGGCUAAUUGCUGUUGGAGUCAACUGCUUAUCUUUACAAAGUUCUCUGGAAUGGUUGAAGAGGUUGAAAGAAUCUGAGAAAAUGUUGAUAGUUUAUCCAAACUCCGGUGAAAUGUACGAUGGUAUCAAUAAGAAAUGGAUUGAGAACCCUAAUGGUAGCAUGUCUUGGAAAGAUUAUGUUCAAAAGUUGAAGGCUAUAGGUAAUGUCAAAAUAAUAGGAGGGUGUUGUCGUACAACUCCAAAUGAUAUAAAACAAAUUUCAGAUUUGGUUAGUGAGCUAUGGUAA